AUUGUUGUAUUUGUCAUGCAUAUUUUUGUAGUGAGAUUGAUAUGGGACUUGUGAGUAAAUGGUUUAUAGUGAAAAUUAUUUAAAACAUGGCUAAUACAGGCUUGUUACCUUUUGUAAGAGGUGUAGAUUUUACAUGCAAUGAUUUCAGUGGCGACAAAUUUCCUGAAGCCAUUCGUUAUAUGACCGGACUGCAAUGGCUCAGACUUGAUAAAACAAAUCUAACGGAUAUUCCCGAAGAAUUAGGAAAGCUUAUGAAAUUGGAAAACUUGUCCAUAAAAAAGAAUAAUUUAGAGAAAUUAUUUGGUGAGCUUACUGAACUAAAAUGUUUACGAUCAUUAAAUGUGAGGCACAACAAUGUGAAGACUUCAGGUAUACCUGCAGAGUUGUUCAGACUUGAAGAGCUGACUACACUUGAUUUGUCACACAAUAGACUAAAGGAAGUUCCGGAAGGAUUGGAGAAAGCCAAAUCUCUCCUGGUUUUGAACCUCAGUCAUAAUAAAAUUGAAAGUAUCCCACCGACUCUGUUUGUGCAAUUAACAGAUUUAUUAUUUCUUGAUUUAUCAAAUAAUUUACUGGAGACUCUGCCCCCUCAGACUAGAAGACUGGCGAACUUGCAGACUCUAAUACUUAAUGACAAUCCAUUAGGAUUAUUUCAGCUAAGACAGUUACCUUCACUGCAAAGUCUAGAAACAUUGCAUAUGCGUAACACACAGCGCACUCUUGCCAAUCUACCCACAUCACUGGAUACACUAUGCAACCUGUCUGAUGUGGAUUUGUCAAAGAAUGCAUUGACCAAAGUACCUGAUGCACUUUACUCGCUGCAAAGCCUAAAGAGAUUGAAUCUCAGUGACAAUGAGAUAACUGAAGUAUCCUCAGCAAUGGACAUCUGGCAGAACUUGCAAUGUCUCAAUCUGUCACGGAACAAGCUUACAGCAUUACCAGCAUCAUUGUGCAAGCUGCAGAACCUAAGACGUCUCCAUGUUGAUGAUAACCAGCUGGACUUCGAAGGGAUACCUUCGGGGAUCGGCAAGCUGGGUAGCUUAGAAGUAUUCUCAGCUGCUAAUAAUCUAUUGGAGAUGAUACCUGAAGGAUUGUGUCGAUGUGGUGCACUAAAGAAAUUAAACUUAAGUUGCAACAAGCUUAUAACUCUACCUGAUGCGAUACAUCUCCUGAGCGACUUGGAAAGUCUCCAACUUCACGGCAAUCCCGACCUGGUGAUGCCACCGAAGCCUGUAGAGCAGCAGAGAGGUGCCGGCCUGCAGUACUACAACGUCGACUUUUCGCUACAAGCUCAGUUGCAGCUGGCAGGUGCCACCACUGCAGAACCCACUACACCCACCAGCGUGAAGUCGGACCCGCUGGCGCGCAAGCUGCGGCUGCGGCGUCGCGCGGAGGCGGAGCAGCGCGGCUCUGCGCUCAUACUGCGCGGCAUGCGUGAGCAAGCCAGCGCACAGCUCGACGCUGCACCGGACCUACACUACAGCGAACUCAAACCGAAACGUUGGGACGAGAGCUUAGAGAAGCCUCCCUUGGAUUACUCAGAGUUCUUCGAUGAGGAGACAGGACAGACGCCCGGCCUGCAGGUGUGGGAGAUUGAGAACUUCAUACCGGCGCCUGUUGACGAGGUGGCUCACGGCAAGUUCUUCGAGGGUGACUGCUACAUUAUACUGAAGACUUCAAUACAGGAGCAAGGACAGUUGGCCUGGGACAUACACUUCUGGAUAGGAUCCAAAGCAACGUUGGAUAAAGGCGCGUGUGCGGCAAUGCACGCGGUGAAUCUGCGCAACUUGUUAGGAGCGAAGCGCACACAGCGGCACGAGCAGGGAGACGAGACGCCGGACUUCCUCGCACUGUUCCCUACUCCUCCAGUCUACAUCGCCGGCAGCCGCACACCUUCAGGAUUCUUCACUGUCGAUGAUCCUCACUACGUGACGCGCCUGUACCGCGUGCACGGCGCGGGCAGCACCAUACACCUGGAGCCGGUGCCUGUCGCCGCGCGCUCACUCGACCCCAGAUAUGUGUUCGUGCUGGAUACAGGACUUCUCAUAUAUCUAUGGAACGGCAAGAAAGCGAAAAACACAUUGAAAUCAAAAGCUCGUCUUUUUGCUGAGAAGAUCAACAAGGAAGAGCGUAAGAACAAAGCGGAACUGAUCGCGGAACCUCCGGGUAAAGAGCCCCAGUCCUUCUGGAAGACAUUGGGCUACGAGGACCCGGAACCUUAUGUACCAGAGGAGCACGUAGACCCGGAGUGGACAUGGGCAUCGCCGCGUCUGUACCGGGUGGAGCUGGGCAUGGGGUACCUGGAGCUGCCGCAGCCGGAGCCCGCGCCGCUCGCCCGACAUCACCUCGCCACGCGCAACGUCUACAUACUGGACGCACACAUCGAUGUAUUCGUAUGGUUUGGCAAGAAGUCAUCUCGUCUGGUGCGUGCGGCGGCAGUGAAGUUGGCGCAAGAGUUGUUCAACAUGGUGUCGCGACCUGCGCACGCGCUUGUCACGCGUCUACAAGAGGGCACUGAGACGCAGGUGUUCAAGACGUACUUCUUAGGAUGGGAGGAGGUGAUAGCGGUGGACUUCACGCGUACCGCGGAGUCUGUGGCAAGAACUGGUGCGGAUCUCGCCAGUUGGGCCAAGCAGCAGGAGACCAAAACGGACCUGUCAGCGCUGUUCGUGGCUCGUCAGCCGGCGAUGUGUGCGGCGGAGGCGCGCGCGCUCGCUGACGAGUGGAACGAGGACCUGGAGGCCAUGGAAGCCUUCGUGCUGGAGGGACGCUUCUUCGUGCGCCUCCCAGACCACGAGCUCGGCCUCUUCUAUAGCCACGACUGCUACGUCUUCCUCUGCAGAUAUGUGCUGCCCGCUGAGCCGGAUCAAGAAAACACCGAAAACUGGGGCGAUGGUGAAGUGGAAACCGAUGAGGGUGAAUCAGCGACAUGGGUGGUGUACUUCUGGCAGGGACGCAAAGCCCCCAACAUGGGCUGGCUCACGUUCACCUUCGGUCUGGAGCGCAAGUUCAAACAGCUGUGCAAACGUCUGGAUGUUGUCCGCACGCACCAGCAGCAGGAGAGUCUCAAGUUUAUGGCCCAUUUCAGACAACGGUUCAUCAUACGCGAUGCUAAGAGAAACCAACCACUGGAGGGCGGACGGCCACCUGUGGAACUGUUCGAGCUGCGCAGCAACGGAUCCGCGUUGUGUACUCGCCUCAUACAGAUCAAGGCUGACGCCGCACAACUCAACAGCGCAUUCUGCUACAUCCUGAACGUACCGCUAGAGGGCAGCGGUGACGCGUCCUCCGCGCUCGUCUACGUGUGGGUGGGCAGCAAAAGCGACCCCGACUCUGCGCGUCUUGCAGAACAGAUCGCCGAAGAGAAGUUCAACAACCCAUGGGUCAGCCUACAGGUGGUGACAGAAGGCACGGAGCCCGAUAAUUUCUUCUGGGUGGCACUAGGCGGGCGCAAGCCAUACGACACGGAUGCUGACUACCUCAACUAUACAAGACUCUUCCGAUGCUCCAACGAAAAAGGAUAUUUCACUGUCUCUGAGAAGUGCACAGACUUCUGUCAGGAUGAUCUUGCGGAUGAUGACAUAAUGAUACUGGACAACGGCGAGCAGGUGUUCCUGUGGCUCGGUGCCAAGUGCUCAGAGGUAGAGAUCAAGCUCGCUUACAAGUCCGCGCAGGUGUACAUCCAACACAUGAAGACUGUACAGCCAGAAAGACCCCGGAAACUGUUCCUUACGCUGAAAGACAAGGAGUCUCGCAGGUUCACCAAGUGCUUCCACGGCUGGGGGGAGCACAAACGACCUCCCGAGUAAAUUAUCUUAUAUAUCUAGUAGAUAAUAAAAAUUCUAUGUCAAAUGUCCAUAUAUGUUUAUAACACAAUAAUAAGAGACUUUAUAUCUGUUAAUAAUAAUAAAUCAUUAAAUAAUUAAAGUAUAUACAUAA